UAUAAAAGUAAUAGACCACGUAAUUAUGAAACACGUCUCCGAAGAGAGAAGUUUCUCCAGAUGGAGAUUUUCUGCGUCUAUAACCACUUUGAUCCCGGGCAAAAGAUACGGAAGUUAUUAUCUCCGCAUUCUGCUUGGGAUUCCAAUUCUGCUGGAGGUGAUUCGAGCCUGAAAGUCAACUCUGGAGGCGAAGAAAAACACAGCGAGUUUGUCGCCAGGAAAGGUGAUUUCCCAGAUCUCCACUGUGAUCCUGACGAACUGGUUAGUGAUUUGGAGAAAGUCUUUGUGAAACUGCAUAAAUUGUUGGAGAAAAGCCAGCUAAAAAGUAGUGAUCUGGAUGAAGUUCACGACCAAAUGAUGUCCUUAGUUGACGAGAAGGUAAAUCUGCAGUUGCUUUAAAUAAUCAGAAAGUCAUUGCUACCUAAUUAUUGAUUUAUAGAAUAUGAUGAUAUCACUGAGUACCAGACAGAUCAUCCACGGAUCCUGUUCGACGAAUAUCUGGCCUUGGCGGAAUCCGUCGCCAGGAAUAUUCAGUCCUGGUUGCCAGUUAUCUUUGUAUGCACCUAAUUCAAUAAUAAUUGUUUUGGGCAUCAAGCAAUUGCGCAAUCGGAAGCUAUUGUUCGGUCGUCACUCAAGCAAAUCACUGUAGUGAGUUUCUUAUGCCCGAAUGCCCAAUUGCCAUUGACCCAUUGCCACAGCAAUCUUUGUUGAAUUAGGUAAUCAUGCAACUUUGAUCACACAAGUGUUUGAAAACCAGUAAGUGCUAAGUGAUGUUCUAAAAAUCAUUCUCAGUCGUUUCACUUGUUCCCUUUUUGUUUUGUUAGGAAAAGCACCAGAUAGCAUGCCAUUUGGAGUCAGUUCUGUGGCGGUCUAGCGCAAGCAUAUCAUUCAAGACAACGGAUCAUUACAAGAAUUUGCUAAUAUGCCUUUUAAACGGACUACAAGAAAUCAAUGUCGAUGUUGUCCUUGGGGAGACCGUACUCAUCACACUUGUUGGACGUGUAAGACGAUACUUGGAGUCCCUGUGGGAGAGAGAUGUCAGGUUUACUGUGGGUCAACUGUCCGAGAUCUUAGAUGCGAUGCUUCUUGGAAAUGACUACAACACUGGAUGCCGUAUCGUUCAAAUGAUUCGUGAAGGUAUAUUGCCUCUUCACAUGAGCCCGGUUGACCGGGCUGGCCAGGUUACCGGGAUGAAUUUUUCGUUGGGUUCAUAUGAGAAAUUUCAGCCCGGUUUACGAGAUGAGAAAAGGCCAAAGAUCCUCUGGGGCCCAAUUCGAGAAACAAAGCAAACAUGGCGAAAUACAAAAUUUUAACGUUCAGGCCUAUCAUAGCUUCAGUAACGCUUAAGGCUGUAUCGCUGCAGUUAAAUGGGAUGCUUAUGAUGUGGAAAAUACAGCAGGCAAUGCAAGACGAUGCCAUCCGGACCGCCAUAAUUCAUCCCGGUGUUCAUCACGGUAACCGGGAUGAACUGUUCAUAUAUGACAAAAUUUCCAGCCCGCUUACCGAGAUCUCGAAAACCGAGCCAGCCCGCCCUCUCAUAUGAACAUAUCGAAAAUUUUACAAAGGAUUUAGAGGUGAGGCGAGAUCUCGGAAACCAGGCUAGCCCGGUCAACCGGGCUCAUAUGAAGAGGCCCUUAAAAAGAGCGUGCGACUAUUUAGGAAGCAUUUGAAGUCUUGCGUUUGGUAUUCACUUCCCGGUUUUACUGCUUUAUCCCAUAUCCAGAUUUUCCUUUCUUUUUACCCAGCCUAAGGGCCUCUUCAUAUGAGCCCGGUUGACCGGGCUGGCUCGGUUACCGGUAUGGAUUUUGCCUUGGGUUCAUAUGGGAAAUUUCAGCCCGGUUUCCGAGAUGAAAAAAGGUGAAAGAUCCUGGGUAUGAGUUCUGGCGCCAAAUUUGGGAAACAAAGCAAACAUAGCGAAACACAAAAAUUUUAACUUUCGGGCCUAUCUUAGCAUCGGUAACUGUUAAAGCUGUAUCACUGCAGUUAAAUGGGAUGCUUAUGAUGUGGAAAAUACAGCAGGUAAUGCAAGACGAUGCCAUCCGGGCCGCCAGAAUUCAUCCCGCCGUUCAUCCCGGUAACCGGGAUGAAGUGUUCAUAUGGCAAAAUUUCCAGCCCGCUUACCGAGAUCUCGAUUGGAAAAACCGAGAUCUCGGGAACUGAGCCAGCCCGCCCUCUCAUGUGAACACAUCGAAGUUUACCAAAGGAUUUAGAGGUGAGGCGAGAUCUCGAAAACUGGGCCAGCCCGGUCAACCGGGCUCAUAUGAAGAGGCCCUAACAUACUGUUGCGCACCCAAAGCCCUCUAUUUUCAUUUCGGCCCACCUCAUCAUGGGCAAGGCUAGACCCAAAAUUAAUCUGGCGUUUGUAAUAUUCGUUGUCUAUUUUCCUCUGCCAUGCCACCACGAAUAUCAUAAUCUUUAAAAAAAAAAUAGCAAAACACCUUGGUAAACAAGACUAAUUAAAUGGUCAACGUCUCUUUCAGGCACUUUUCCCCUGAAUGGCUUCACAUCUCAUCCAAACGCUUUGCCGUACUUCCUUCACUGGAUCUCUCUUACCACUCUUGAGUCUCUCGAAGAGAUUAAACAGGCUGUCCUGACUUCUCACAACAUGCACCCACGAGACUUUGUCAAGGCCAAAGCUUUGUCAUCUAGUGAGGAACAACUCUUGUUCACGAUGUUAAUUACAGCUGGAUGCCACUCAGGCUUUCGCCCAGCAGAUGGGGUAGCUCUGAGUCGAUCAGUUGUCUCCAAUCGUGAAUACGUAGGCGAAAUAACGGAAAUUAAAGGAUUGUUCUUGACUUUUACUGUAGUAUGGCCAACGAAUGUAGACAACGGAUCAAUGAAGGACAUCGGCGCGGGUACUUGGUGUCUUCAUAGGUUUCCGAGCCUAGUAGGAUACAAGCGUACUACUUCUGCUCUCAAAGCAUUUCAGGGUAUGACCUCAUGCGGGCAAAGUGUCUAUGAAGAAAUUAUUGGUAGCUUUUGUGUCAACAUCCCUGCUAGUCCAAGAACACAUCAAGAGAGUGAAAAUGCUGAGGAAGAAAUGCAAGAAGGUACUUGUUGUAAGAACUCUGUUCUGUUUACCUUGAAUAUACAGUAUUUUCAUACCACUAAAUUUCUGUCCUUAUAAGAUAUAAAACGCCCUUUUUGAUGCCGACACUCCAAACACCGGGCACGUCGGUCGAGAUUUAGCUAGCAUAAAAGUGAUCUGUCACGAGAAUAUUGGUGUUUUGGGUCAAUUCUGUGCUGAAGUCAUUACUUAGAGCUUUUGCCCACAUAUGCUCCUGGAGAGCUAUGAAGGUGAUAUCAAACAAAUCUCAUCAGGGAGCACUAACCAUGAUAAUUCAUUGUGAUGAUUUUUGCAGGCAUGGCAUUAGGAACCGAUAGUUUAUUACGUCCGUGAGGGUCCGAGCAGUGUGGUGUAUCUGAAAACUUUACCCCCCCCAAAAAAAUACAAUAAUUACACAUGAUAAUUGUACCCCUCCCCCCCUUGGCAAUAACAAUUUUUUAAAAUGCACCCCCCUCCAACCCCUUUUAAGCCAAGUCUCUUCUUCCAUCCGUGGGCAUUGAUUUCAUAAGCUAUAAGAUACCGGCAGUAGGCAGCGUAGCGUGAGAUUUUGAAGGUGCACGCAGGGGAAGACAAGUAAGCGUAAAGGUAACAAGGCGCCCCAAGCCUGGGGAAGUCACUGUCUGGGGGCAUCCUCCCCCAGAAACAUUUUAAAUUUCCGGUCUCGGAAAUGCCAUCUCCUGCGUUUUCUGCAGGACAUUUUCAGAAAAUAAAGACGAAGGAGAAUGCAGUAAUUAAUUGUUUAUUUUACCCAUCUAUCUUUAGUGUUGUCGGUAAGGUACGGACUGUUUACGGCAAAAAGGGUAAAACAGUGACGCCAUCAAGGAGGUUACAGGCAAAGGGCGAGAUGUGUACUCUUCAGACAAGCAAACUCUGUUAUAAUGCUAUCAAUAUCAAUUACGUCCUUGUGCUUGUGUAUGUGCAGAAUUGCAAGAGAGCUCAACCUCUCGUCUGUCAUGGUCCUUUGUAAAGGAGUUUGCAGUCUCUUCAUACCGCUGAAACUACGCUCAGCUGUGCAUGUUGACACAGGAUAACUCAACAAAGUUAUGAGAGCUACAUUAUACUCCGGGGUAGAAUUGUAAUUAGCUUGGUCAAUCUCAACCAAGGUCUGUCGCUUCACAUUCAGAUCCAUUUCACUCCACGUAAUCAGUAAAACGAUAAAAGAAAUCCUGACACAAAAACACCAAUAUAAUGCGAAAUAUUUAUGCCAAAUUAAUGAUAAAAAUGCUUUCAGAAAAUAAAAAAAUCUAUAUAUUUUCUCCAGAUUUCAGGUGUAUGCAUAGGCAAAUGUUCGUACAUCACGCUACAUUACUGGUAGUAGAAAUAGCUGAUAGGUUUCUGGGCCAAGCUUUAUAUGGGUAACAUUUUAUUGUUGACAAAGAACCGCCGAAGCAAAUUUUUUUUGUCUGUUUUUGAAGGAAACGUGGAUUUGCUUCAAUCAUAAUAUAGCUUUGCAACUUUUACAUAGAAGACCAGCCCUGGGUCUUAAUAUUUCGACCCCCCUCACAUUUUGGGCAAUUUCAAAAUUGACCCCCCAAAAUCAAGCCUCUUAGAAAAUUGUACCCCCCUCCCGGACGUAAUAAACGAUCGGCCCCUUAAAACUUUUCAACUUUGAAUCCAUGUCCAUCGUCGUCAUCCGUUGUAACAGACAACCGGAAACAGUUUCAAUGCCUAAAUAAUAUUUAAUAUUAUAGUCUUAAAUAAUUCAUUAAUUAUGUUUGGAAUUGGAUUAAUGUCUUUAAUUGACGCGAACGCACGUUUUAGCUUUUUAUAAUGACAGAGCCCCUUUAACUGUAUAAGAGCGAUUAAUAUGCACAACAUAAUUGAUGGCUAUGUAAUUUGACGUGACCUCUGUUUCCCGCUGAUACCACAUAGGAGCUGUUUUGCAGGUAAACCACGAGAACUAUCUAGUGUAUGUAAGAGACUUGCAAUGCCUCCGAUGUUUAUUUUUCGGUAACCUAGAACGAGUUGUUUUAAGUGGAAUACAGAGGAGCUUAGCGCGCGCAGAAGGAGCCCAUUUUGUGCAACUUAUCUCUAAUCACCAGGUUCAUUUAAAAGUGAGUUAACAUUCAGCCGCUUUUAUACUUCGUUUCUAGCUUCAAAUGAGAUGGCUGGCGUACGAGCAGAUAAGGGUGUAUCAAUGUUGUCCAGAACUUCUGAGAGGUGGGAUUUGGGCAAUGAAAGCCAAAAUAUUGCGGUCCAAGAAGCAACAAAUCAUGCGUCGGCAAUAACUCUUAUUCAAGGUCCCCCUGGCUCUGGCAAGACCGUCACAUCUGCAGAGAUCGUGCGCCGCUGGCUCGUAAGCAGCGACGACCCGGUCAUUCUCGUAGCUGAGACAAAUGAGGGCGUCGACAAUCUUUUAAAGAAGCUUAUAGAGCAUGGUAUACAAAGAGAACAAAUUCUUCGUAUUGGAAGCUCAGGAUGGAAAGUGACCAAAGAACUCGAGGAGCUCACCUUCGAAUUUAGGUACCGGAAACAAGUUCCUGACAACAGGGAUGGAAAAAGAAUCGAUAAAAGGAUUGCAAAAAAGAUUAUAGAGAGUUCUAAGGUCCUCUGCACUACCUGUAUCAGUGCAGGGUCGGCACUUCUUGACAAGAUUGUGUUUCGAAGAGUCUUGAUCGAUGAGGCGUCUCAGGCUACUGAGCCUGCCAUCUUGGUGUCUCUCUUGCAUGGCUGUCAAAAAGCUGUCUUAGUCGGUAAGUUCCUUCCAUUUGAUGAAAUUGUCUGCUGCUAAUCUUCGGGGUCUCCUUCGGUAAUCAUUUAACGAGAGUUCCAAACCUGGACUGUUUAACCUUUUUCACCCAAAUUGUCAGAUAUCAGUACACUUGAAGCAACGUUGUCAACGUUAUGCAAGCGAAAAUAAUCAACCUAGAGCUACUAACUGUUUAACGCUCACUGGACGUAGGAGACCACCUUACAAGUUAUCUUCCUUAUUGGAAGCUUUUUAAAGCGCUAAACGUGCAAUCCGGUAGAUCGAGAUCAACUACAUUUCCUGCCCGCUGGAUUUGGUUUUCGGUUUUCCCGAGUCUAACUUUUCUACCACACUUGUAAGUUGGCCAACUGUUUUUGUUCCUACCAGUAAGGAUUCCUAACCUUGUUAUGAUUAUUUGAAUCAGUUGUUUAACGUAUUUGCUUGGUCUCAUUAGCCUUUGUGCUAUAAACUAGAAAUGCAUUCCAAAGAAACCUGACCCACUCUACUGCAUUUUCUUUCUAGGAGAUGAUCAGCAAUUACCUCCCAUGGUGCUAAGCGAGCUUGCUAAGGGUCCUGGUCUACUUUCAGAGCCCAUGUUCUCUCGGUUACGAAAAGCAGGAUUUCCAGUGCGUAUGCUUGAGAUACAGUACAGAAUGCAUCCAUCCAUAGCCUCUUUUCCUUCAACACAAUUUUAUGACGGAAGGCUUCGCAGUGGUGUGUCUGAAGAACAAAGAAAAGCUCCUGCAGGAUUCGCUUGGCCUAAUGUGAAGAAGCCUGUUGCUUUUCUUAUCACGCCGAAUUCUGCACAGGAGAUGAGCAAGGCGUCGUCAAAAUUGAAUGAUUUUGAAGCCGGGAAGGUCCGUCAAGUGAUUCAGGAUCUUCUGGCUGCAGGCGACGUGACUGAUAAUGAGAUCGGAGUUAUCACACCAUACAAAGCACAGCUGAAGCUUAUCACAGAUAAAAUGAAAGGGCUUGCAAACGUUUCGGUUAGAACCGUAGACGGAUUCCAGGGACAAGAACGUGACCUUAUCGUCUUCUCCGCUGUUCGGUGCAACGAGCACGGAUAUGUCGGUUUCCUUGACGACGCCAAGCGAAUGAAUGUUCUUCUGACGCGCGCGCGCAAAGGAUUGAUAGUCAUUGGAAACAAACAGACUUUACAAAAUUGUGAGCUGUGGAAUGAUUGGAUUCAGUGGGUAGAGAAGAAUAAGCUUGCAAGUGAAUGUACUCCAGAUUGGGCCACAGGUAAAUAAGCACUAGCUUGGUGGUUUUCAACUGUUCGUGGUAUUAUGAGAGGUAACCAUGGGAAAGCACUUUUACGUAGGAUUCAUUUAAGAGGUUACAUGUUAGUAUCUCAGACAUAAACUGAAUGCAUUUCGAACCACCUUGAAAAACAAAAUAUAACUUACCAAAUAAAGCAGUCCUCAGUGUUUUUCAUUGAUUGAUCACACAAAUAGACUUUAUCUACAGACUUGUCAUUUGUAACAAAAUAAAACCGCAUUGCAGGCGAGUAAAGGUUUCAGGAGAUUUCUGUCGUGGUUCGAAGGUUGAAAAAGAUCUUUUAAUUUGAUUUUUUCCCUUUUUUUUAAUUCCAGAAAAAGAAAUUCCGGUGGGUAGCUCUGCAGAAAGAAGAGGCAGAGGCCGCGGUUUCUCACAAAGAGGACUGGAAAGAGGUCAACGCGGACGGAGAGGUGGCCGGGGGGGAAUAGCUCGCAACAGCCGGCGAACAUGA